AUGUCGAUAAGGUGUAAAGUUGAGGGUUGUCCAUGGAAGCUAUGUGCAAAUCAUGUGGGGAAGAGUUGUGAUGUGCUACGAGUGACGACAUUUAUAAACUGGCAUGUUCAUUCUGCCCAAGAUAGCUUGGACGUGAUGCAUAGUGGAAGAGCUAGUUUGAACUCAUCAGUAAUAAUUGAUGAGAUGAGGGAUCAUGCAGACAAGCGCACUUCUGAGAUAAGGAAGAGGUUGAAACGAGAGUAUAGGAUUGAUCUAACAUAUAAGCAAGCUUAUAGAGCAAGAGAGAAGUCAUUGGAAGACAUAUAUGGCAGGCCUGAACAAUCAUACAUGCUCAUACCAUGGGUAUGCAUAAGGAUAAAGGAAAUAGAUGAAAAAUCAAUGGCUGAAUGGACUGCUAUUGGGAACCGGUUUGAACGUGUUUUCAUUGCCUACGGGGCAUGCAUUGAGGGUUUCUUGGGUGGCGCGAGGCAUAUUAUGUAUGUUGAUGGAACUCACUUAAGCGGACCAUACAAGGGGACAAUGUUGUCAGCUUCAGCUUAUGAUGCAGAUAACGAGCUGCUGCUGUUUGCAAUUGCAAUUGUGAAGGGAGAAACACUAGAUGACUGGACGUGGUUUUUCUAUAUGAUAAAAAAAAUCCUGGGUUCUGUGGAAGUAACGAUUGUAUCAGAUCGACACAAUGCUAUCAUCGGAGGAGUGGCAUCAAUCUUUGGGGGUCAAAGGCAUGCCUUUUGUUAUAGGCACAUCAAGGAGAAUUUUAGUUCAGAAGUUAUGAAAAUGAAUAAGGGGCAAACAAGGACAAAUGGCCGAUCAAAGGAGGAUGCACUAUAUUUAUUGGAUAAAAUUGCAUACGCAAGGACGGAUGAGAAAUUUGAGGCAGCAAUGGAUGACAUGAGAUCCUUUUCUCCAAGGCUAUUUGAUUGGCUUAUUCAUCAUAGGGAUGUAGAUAGGUGGGUUAAAAGCAGGUUCCCAUAUAAAAGAUGGGACAAUAUUACAAGUAAUAUAGCAGAAUCAUUCAAUACAUGGAUGGUGAAUGAGAGAAAGCAUACUGUACCCCAAUUGAUCUAUGAGCACCGAGAUAAAGUUGCAAGAAAGCUGCAUGCCUCCUAUAUGGCUAUGACCAAAUGGAAGAAUUGCGUUGGUCCAAAUAUAGAGAGUAAGGUGCUGGAUAUGGUGGCUGGGUCUGACCAUAUGUAUGCUGAAAAUUAUGGUGGGGGAAGAGUGAAGGUGACAACAUCACGUGGAGAGCAUCGGGUUGAUCUUGGACUACACCAAUGCAGUUGCAGAUCUUGGCAAAUGACGGGGAUCCCUUGUUCCCAUGCUUGUGCUACCAUCAAGAUUGUGCACGGCAAUGUUUAUGAUUAUAUUGAUAAUUGCUAUAAAAAGUCAUCACAAGAAAAGAUCUAUGCUCGCAGUAUGAUUCCUGUGGUAACAACAGACAUGCCUCACCCAAAUGACUACUAUAGAAUAGAAAAUGUUAGUAAGUUUUCUUGCUACCUCCUAUGA